UUGAAGAGAGCAAGGCAAGAGCCCCUUUGGCCGCAGAGCUGCCGGAGCACCCAGCGCCUGGCCAGAGCCUCCGCGGGGACCCGCGGGACGGGACAGACAGGGACAGCUCGGGAGCGCCGGGUGCGGGAUGGCUGCGUCCCCGGCGGGGUCGGUGGUGAGCGCCGGGCUGGAUGAGAGUCCCACGGGGCUGAGCCCAGCCCCCGGGAAAGAGCUGAGCCCGGUGCUGCUGUGCAAGGUGUGUGGGGACACCAGCAGUGGGAAGCACUACGGCAUCUACGCCUGCAAUGGCUGCAGCGGCUUCUUCAAGCGCAGCGUCCGCAGGAAGCUCAUCUACAGGUGCCAGGCGGGGACAGGGCUGUGCCCGGUGGACAAGGCUCACCGCAACCAGUGCCAGGCCUGCCGGCUCAAGAAGUGCCUGCAGGCUGGCAUGAACAAGGAUGCUGUGCAGAACGAGCGCCAGCCCCGCAGCACAGCCCAGGUCCAGCUGGACAGCAUCCAGCUGGAUGCUGAGCUGCCCCCUGAGCACGUGGCCACCACAUGUGAGGUCCCCCCAUCACCCUGUCCGGCUCCUCGUGGUCCUGGUGCCACUGUCACCCCGGGUCCCCGAGCGCCCACUCCACCCACCAACCAUCGCUUCAUGGCCAGCCUGAUGACGGCCGAGACCUGCGCCAAGCUGGAGCCCGAGGACGCUGAUGAGACGGUGGAUGUGACGGGCAGCGAGCCGGAGCGGGCAGCCGGCGAGUACCAGGUGGCGCCGUACCCGGCAGCCAGCCCCGAGAACAUCUACGAGACCUCAGCACGCCUCCUCUUCAUGGCGGUGAAAUGGGCCAAGAACCUGCCCGUCUUCUCCAACCUGCCCUUCCGUGACCAGGUGAUCCUGCUGGAGGAAGCGUGGAGUGAGCUGUUCCUGCUCUGUGCCAUCCAGUGGUCCAUGCCCCUGGAGAGCUGCCCGCUCCUGGCUGUCCCUGAGCCGGGCCCUGGGAAGCUGCUGCCGGCCACCCUGGACGUGCGGGCGCUGCAGGAGACCCUUGGCCGCUUCAAGGCGCUGGCUGUUGACCCCACGGAAUUUGCCUGCAUGAAGGCCGUGGUGCUCUUCAAACCAGGUGAGGCCACCCCCAGCAGCCACCACCGGCCAUCCCCAUGCCCCUCCCCAGCCUGUCACCCCCUUGUCCCUGCAGAGACCCGUGGCCUGAAGGACCCUGAGCAGGUGGAGAACCUGCAGGACCAGUCCCAGGUGAUGCUGGGCCAGCACAACCGUUCCCACUACCCUGGGCAACCCGUCAGGUUUGGGAAGCUGCUGCUGCUCCUCCCGGCGCUGCGCUUCAUCUCCUCGGAGCGCGUGGAGCUGCUCUUCUUCCGCCGCACCAUCGGCAACACCCCCAUGGAGAAGCUGCUGUGUGACAUGUUCAAGAACUGAACCCCUUCCCGCUGUCACCUGGCUUGUCACCCUGUGCUGGCACCCUGUCCCCCCCACCCUGGGGCUCCUCACCCCGGGCUGUGAAGGCGCCCACGGUCCCAUCUCUGGGGCAAUGUCCAGGACUGUGGAAUGCUGCUGGGAGGCGGGAGCAGCUUCCCUGGGGGCAGAAGGGGAUGUCCCCAAGGGCGUGCCCCGUGCGCUGGCAGCGCCCCGCGGGAGUGCAUCUCCAUGGUGUCCCAAAUGCUGGAUGAAGCCAGGCAGAGGCGCCUUGGCACGGUGAGGAGCUACUGCCACCCAGGGGGCGGCCUCGGGGACACCAACCCGGGCACAACCGGGCGUGACAUCAGCCAGGGUGACAAGAGCCAAGGGUGGUGCCAGCCCGGGAGUGACACCGGCCCAGAGGUGACAAUCGCCAAAGGUGGUGACACCUGGGGGUGACACCGGACUGGGACAGCCUCAGGUUGAUCCCAGGCCAGGGCUGACACUGGACGGGGUGACCCCAGCCCGGGGUGACAUGCGGCGACAGAUCCUUGUCCCUGUGUCCCGGGGUCUCCCGCUCGUGUCCCCCAUUUUAUACUUGGAAUAAAGAGACUUUUGCAGCCAGAGUCCCUGUGCCAAUGACUUGGGUCCCCUGGGAUGGGGGACUGGGGGGACCAGCUGGAUGUUAAUAACGCAAAUAGGAAUAAAUAAAAAUCAAUAAUCUGAAUAUAAGUACCUUGAAA